AUGUAUCCGUACCUGUUUCUAGUGUUAGUCUGGGUAAGUAGCUAUUUGGUUGUCAGCAACCCAUUUUGUAUCUUUGUCUCUUGCCUCGGUACAUAUUUGAGCGUUUUCUUUCGCAUCAAAGACAGACUCUGGCUCAACAACUCAGCCCUGCCCCUGUUCACUGCCCCGGUCACCCAAACUGAGGGAUCGGGUAGUCUCCGUCGAAAUGGGAAACGAAUACGCCACAUUCUAGAAAAAAAGAGGGAAAAAAAGAACCGAAAUGAUAAACCUACCAGACACUCACAUUUUGCGAGCACACUUUGCGAGUGGGAAAAGUUUUUCUGUCAUGCCCUUGAUAUCACUCACUUGAUUAUUAGUAGCCCCUUGAUCCAUCGGAGGCUAGACCAAAUCGUAACAGCAACGGCCGGGUGGCCAAGGUGCCGUUCGGAGCAAAAUUGGGAAACUUGA